UCUGGAUUGUUUCAGCUUGAAAGAUAGCUACUAUUAUAUAUUACUAUACAUUCUGUAAUCUAACAUUUGGUAUCAGAGCUGCCAAUGAGAGAUCCAUCCAUCCACGUGAGGAAAAAACACCACUAAAACACAAAAAUCCAUCACCAUGCAAGGGUCCGGAAAAUCAUUAUGGUUUGCUUGCAAUCACUCAGAAGGGAGAUGGAGAUUGCUCGUAUGAAGGAUAAGGAGCCAGUGCAGGAUUAUCUGUCACGAAUUACCACUAUUGUUCAGAAGAUGAGAUCCUAUGGUGAGGACAUCAAAGAGGAACAAAUUGUGAGUAAGGUGAUGCGUAGCCUUACAUCGAGAUAUGGACAGUUAGUCUGUGCCAUUGAGGAGUCCAAAGAUUUGGAAACCUACACAUUUGAAGAGUUGAAAGGCUCUCUUCAAGCAUAUGAAGAAAGAGGUAACACUGAAACUAAAAGAAAUGAGGAACAUGCAUUUCAGGUUAAAGAGGAGUCAUCCAGAGAUCAACCUUUCCAGUCUUCAAGCAGGGAAAGAGGGAGAGGUAGGGGAGGCUUUAGAGGUGCACAUAGAGGAAGAGGUAGAGGGAGAGGUCAUUUUAGCAGUGAGGGAAGGACUGACUACUCCAAAAGCACUUCUAAAGCUCCAAUCAAAUGUUAUUACUGCAACAAACCAGGACAAUGGUUGGAAGAAAGAGGAGGAUAAGGACAAUGGAAAAAAUGAGCACAAGUCAAAUUAUGCUGAACAUGAGCAACUCUUUCUUGCUCAGCAUAAUUUAAAUCAAGAUCACAGCUCCGUUUGGUAUGUUGAUAAUGGGUGUUCAAACCACAUGACUAGCUCCAAACGGUUGUUUAAGGACCUAGAUGAUACCAAGAAAGGUGUUGUAAGGCUUGGGGAUGGUAAGCAACUAACAGUAGAAGGUCUUGGUACUAUCUUGGUUCCUACUACACAAGGUAGAAACAAAGUGUUGCAAAACGUUCAAUAUGUUCCCCAGUUGGCCCAUAACUUACUAAGUGUUGGGCAACUUUUGAGUGGGGGAUACUCAGUAGUCUUUGAGGAUGGUAGCUGCACUAUCAAAGAGAAGCUGAGCAAUGAGGCCAUGAUGACAGUUCCUAUGGGAAAAAAAUAAGGUAUUUCCUUUGGAGUUGAUGAAGACUGAAGACCAUGCAUUUGUUGUAAGAGGUGAUGAGAGUGCUAAGAUUUGGCAUCUCAGGUAUGGUCACUUGAAUAUACACAACUUGAAACUGCUAGGUACCAAGAAACUUGUAUCAGGACUGCCUUCUAUUGGUGACCUAGAGUUUUGUGAAGGUUGUGUAUAUGGCAAGCAGUCAUGUGGGUCAUUUCCUACAGGUCAAAGUUGGAGGGCAAGUGAGGUCCUUGAACUGGUGCAUGCAGAUCUGGUUGGCCCUAUGCAAACUGAGUAUUUGGGUGGAAGCAGGUAUUUCUUCUUGAUUACUGAUGAUUUAAGUAGAAUGUCAUGGGUUUACAUUCAAAAAGGUAAAGGAGAAUCCUUUGACAAUUUCAAAAGAUUCAAGGCCCUAGUAGAAAAGCAAAGUGGGAAGGCUGUGAAAGCCUUACGAACUGACAGAGGAGGGGAAUUUCUAUCCAAAGAAUUCAUCAACUUCGGUGAGAAUCAGGGAAUAAGAAGGGAACUGACUGCACCUACACCCCUGAGCAAAAUGGGGGUGGCAGAAAGGAAGAACAGGACACUAGUAGAGAUGGCAAGAAGCAUGUUGAAGGCUAAAGAUUUGCCAAACAAAUUUUGGGGUGAGGCUGGGAGCUACUGCAGUGUAUUUACUCAAUAUCUCACCCACAAAAGCUGUAGAUAAUGCCACUCCGUUUGAAGUAUGGAGGUUAAAAAAACCAUCAGUUGGUCAUUUGAGAAUCUUUGGGUGUAUAGCCUACACUCUAGUAAAUCAAAGAACCAAGCUGGAUGGAAAGGCAGACAAAUGUGUGUUUGUUGGUUACUCAGUCCAAUCAAAAGCCUACAGAUUGUUUAAUCCUGAUACUGUUAAGGUGCUUAUCAGCAGGAACGUUGUAUUUGAUGAAGAAUCAGCCUGGAACUGGGAAGAUCAAGCCAAGGGAAGAAACACCAUACAACCAACUCUCUCUAUAGAUGAUCCUGCAGCAGAAACAGAAGAGUCACCAUCAUCAUCCUCACUCAAUAUGUCACCAAGUUCCAGCAGCCCUAACAGUCAAAGUUCUAGCAGUCCUAGCAGCUCUAGCAGAUCAAAAAGUGAAUCUCCACCAUGCAAGGUAAGAUCAUUGAUUGAUAUCUAUGAAUCUUGUGACUUUGCCUUAGGUGCUACUGAGCCUGCAGUGUAUGAAGAAGUUGUUAACAAGGAUGAAUGGAAACAAGCCAUGAAGGAAGAGAUCACUGCUAUUGAAAAAAUGAUAUAUGGGAGCUUGUUACAUUACCUAAAGAUAGGAAUGUAAUAGGGUUAAAAUGGAUGUACAAGACUAAGUACAACUAGGAUGGGAGUGUUUCCAAGCAUAAGGCCAGGUUGGUUGUGAAAGGGUAUGCACAGCAAGAGGGUCUUGACUAUGAGGAAACAUUCUCACCAGUGGCCAGAUUCGAGACAGUUAGGGUAGUGUUAGCUCUUGCAGCUCAGUGGAGGUUGCCAGUCUUCCAACUUGAUGUAAAGUCAGCCUUCCUCAAUGGGGAGUUGGCUGAAGAAGUGUUUGUAGAACAGCCUCAAGGGUUUGAGCAAGACAAUGCAGAAGGAAAGGUUUACAAGCUUAAGAAAGCAUUAUAUGGGCUCAAACAGGCUCCCAGGACUUGGUACAGCAAGAUAGACUCCUUCUUCAUUCAAAAUGGGUUUGUAAGGAGUGAAAAUGAACCUACACUAUAUGUGAAGAAGCAAGGUACGAAAGAUCUCAUUAUAGUAUGCUUGUAUGUAGAUGAUAUCAUAUAUUUUAGCUCUUCACAAGACAUGUUAGAUGGCUUCAAGAGUGCAAGGACCAAGGAGUUUGAGAUGACUGAUUUGGGAAUGCUAAGGUAUUUCCUUGGACUUGAAGUAAGGCAGGACUGUAAUGGCAUUUUCUUAUGCCAAAAGAAAUAUGCUAUGGAUCUGUUAAAGAGGUUUCAUAUGGAGAACUGUGAGGCAGCAAAAACACCAAUGAACACAAAUGAGAAACUACAAAAAUCUGAUGGAACCGAGAAGGCUGAUGCAACACUUUACAGAUCCAUGGUGGGAGGUUUGAACUAUCUCACACAUUCUAGGCCUGACAUUACUUUGAGUGUAAGGAUAGUGUCCAGGUACAUGCAUAAUCCCACCAAGCAGCAUCUGGGAGCAGUCAAAAGGAUUAUGAAGUAUAUUUCAGGUACACUGGAGUAUGGCAUCCAAUACACACGUGUGAAGGAGUUCAACCUAAGAGGAUACACUGAUAGCGACUGGGCAGGCUGUGUGGAUGAUAGGAAAAGCACGUCCGGAUCAGUAUUUGAUCUUGGGUCUGAUGCUAUUACUUGGAGCUCGAAGAAGCAGGAAACUGUGGCAUUAUCAACUUCGGAGGCUGAAUAUGUGGCUGCGAGAGCUGCAGCAAAACAAGCCUUGUGGUUGAGAAAGCUCCUAACUGAUCUAUGUUGCAAACAAGAGGAGAAGCCUGAGAUUUGGUGCGACAGUAAAUCAGCAAUAGCAAUGGCCAAGAACCCCACAUUUCAUUCAAGAACUAAACACAUAGACGUGCAGCAUCAUUUUAUACGACAACUAGUGGCUGAAGAAAAGAUAACACUUCACUUUUGUGGUACAGAUUGGCAAAAUGCGGAUCUAUUCACCAAAGCACUGAACCAGGCGAAACACUACUACUCCAUGGAGAAAAUAGGGAUGUGCAAGCAUGGAUCAAGGGGAGGUGUUGAAAGUGAUCCAGCUUAUGUGUAUGGAUAUAGUCCUACAUGGCAUUCAUACGUAGGAAAUAUCAUAUUUCUAUUUAAUGUUAUUGUUUUCAUUUGUUUGAAUAAGUCAGAGGUUGUUAGCCUGAACCUAGGAACUUUCUGAUCCACUACUUUUGAUAUGGUUGUACGUGCAUGAUGGCUUUAGUUUAGGAGUUUGUUACGCAGUAUACAUGGCUAUAUAAUGCCAAGUUCAUUACAUUAAUUAUAUGAGAGUUUUUGGUUCCUCACGUCUGGAUUGUUUCAGCUUGAAAGAUAGCUACUAUUAUAUAUUACUAUACAUUCUGUAAUCUAACAAAGCCGCCGUCGCCAAGGGCCAUGUCCGGUGCAUGAAAGGUGAGGGUGAGAUUAUUGGUGGCACGGGGAGGCUGCAAAAACGCCGCCAAUGUGGCGUUCGCGACCAGCUUCUGCGCGGCGGUGCCGAUGUAGAAUGAUGCUUGGGAGGUGCCGUAGUCAUUGGUGUACUUUCUUUUGUUUCAGUUGCGGGUGUUGAGGAUGAAGGUCACGUUGCCGCCGCCAGUGAAACGGCUGCUGCCGUUGGUUGUUAAGGGCACAUCCAGUACGGAGUAGGCCGGAGCUUUAAGAUCGGGGUGUUGGUACAGAUAUAUGGUAACGGCAAUGAAUGCAAUGAUCAGGACUAUGAGAAAAAUGCCGCAGCAGCGUCGUUGACAAUUUCUCUGAUAUUGUGGCCGGUCACCAUCCAUCUUCAGCGGCAGUGGAAUACUUAUUUAAUUAGUGGAGAUGAGAGGUAGUGAAGAUUGUAUUUAAUUGCUUUUAUUUAUCGUUUAACGGAGUCCCUGCAACCUAUGGUAUUAUAUAGUACGAAGUUCGUAUACACAUAUGGCGCUGCUUCUUCUUCUUCUUCGGAGUAUUUUACGUCAUAUGUGAGCUAUGCUAUCGUUUUCAAUAAUGGUGAAGAAAGACGAAGUCAAAGGAUAAAGCAAACCAAAAGCACGCGCUACAUUUUUGUUUACUUUUGUGUGUAUUAUUAUAGCCAUUAUUGUAAUUAAAGCAGGAGAUACUCAAAUAGUUAACCGAUAUUAAUGAUGACAUCAUGACGGCUUUGAAUGUUAUCAUAACAAUCGAAACCGUCAAUCACGGACAAAAGGCAUUAAUUACCCCUCCUAUAAGUAGAGUAUCGAGCUCAGUUGUGAGAGGGGCACCUCAUUCAAAUUAUACAUCAAUUUACAUUCUAUUUCGCUCACUUGACAUCCUUCUUGUUGUUCUUGUCAUUUUUCUUACUGUUCUUGUACGAAACCCGAUCAAUAUACCAUCUCUAUUCUAA